GCAACACAUCAAUGUUGGAUACAAGUAGAGUGGCAAGCGAACGUUUAUCGUGGCGACUUUCGUCGCAAUUUGGCAAUUGAUUAUUAACUGGAGAGAAAGUAUAGUUCAGACUCUAUAUACACACUAAAAAUGCCGCGCAUCGACCCUUUGAAACUGUUGGUGUGCUUGAGUGUAUUGCUCGCACCGAACGGAGGCAUCAAAACGGCAGCGGAGGUGAAACGCUUGGCCAAUUUGAUGGCCAAAUUUUCCAAAAAGUUAGUGUCCAAAUGCAUUUACAUUCAAAUACUUAAAUGCACCGAUACGGAACUGUUGGGACAGUUCAUGCAAACGGGCGGCUGGUCGUUGGUGCACAUGUGGUUGGUGGACGGUAUUGGUUCGAAGAACUGGCCACUGAUUCAGGAGCUGCUGGAACUGUUGCUCUGCUGCCCGGUCGACGUGGAACGAUUGAAGAUCAACAGCACUCCCCGGCUGGUUAAAUCCCUGUCAACGGACAGCGCCCACGAGAGUGUACGCCUUCUUGCCACGAAGCUUGUCGAGCAGUGGCUUUACAUUGUGAAGGCUCCGAAACAACUACCGUCCUCGAUGACUGGUCUAAGUCAAUCCGAAAUUUUGACCACCGCCACUACCGGGUUGGCCGCCAUAACGGACGGUAAGACGCCAUCGGUGGUCGACCAGCAGAGCGGCGGCAUGGGAGGACUCGCUCAGGAGGGCGUUAAAAACGGUCUGGUGGGAACGGAAACCUACCAACAUAGCAACGGCUACAUCGAUGAUACCGAGCAGCCUGCUGAAAAUGGAGUGGAAGCUGAAGAGGAUCAGAAUCACCGCCAGGAUCAAGCAGAUGUCGUGGAUGCAGCAAAAAAAUCAUUCCGCGCGAUUGUGGAACAUCAGGAUCAAUCGUCGCAAAAGAAAACACCCUUGGUGCUAAAGAUCACCACAAAAAAUGGGAAGCAAGUAGUGGCGAAGGUUGUCUCGCCAUCGAGCAAGAAAACCAAGCAGGAUCUGAUUGAUCAAAUCGAUGACGGCGACGAAGACGAGGACGAGGAGGAGGUAUUGGUCAAUAUAGAAUCGACCAAAAAGGCCGGCGAGGAGGCCAUUUCCGAGCAAGCGGAGAAGCAGCAGCAGCAGCAACAGGAUUCGAAGGAAUCGAAAAAACUAGACGUUGAUGGCAAAGAGGGUGGCAAGGAGCGAUCAUCAUCCUCCUCCUCGAGAGACAAAGAUCGACAACAUCAUCACCAUCGUGAAAAAGAUCGCAAGGGCAGCAGCAGUAGCGGUAGUCGUUCGUCAUCAUCGAAAUCGUCCAGCGGUGGUAGUAGUAGCAGCAGUAGCAAGCAUAAAUCUUCGAGUAGUAGCAGCAAGAGCUCUAGCUCUUCUAGUCGCGAUAAGGACAAGGAUCGCCAUGGUAGCAGUAGUAGUAGUAGUAGUAAACACAAGAGCUCGUCCUCGUCUUCAUCUAAGUCAAACGGUAGUAGCUCUAAGAGCGGUAGCAGCUCCAGUAGCGAAAAAAACAGAGAAAAAACAAGUCAUUCGUCUGGAAGCGGCAGUAGUACCAAUAAAGAGAGUAAGGAUUCGAAGGGUCAUUCGACAUCGCCGAACGGGAGCCAUGGCAGCAGUAGCAAGCUGGCAAAGCUGUCCCGCAAAGGAUCGAAGGAUGCAGGCAACGAUAGUGGAUCAGAGACUAGUGGUAGCAAUACCACCGUGAGUGGCUCUAAGUCCUCUUCGUCGGCCAACGGCGGUAGCUCCUCCACGAGCAUUCCAAGCAAGAAGGCGUCCAUUUCGAUUGAAGUGCGCAAUCCGGAAAAUCGACCAAAGACGGUCAAAACAUACAAUUCACAAUUUCGCUCGCAUGGCCUCAUCGAGGAGGCACCGCCACCACCAUCGCGCAAGGGGUUGAAAAAGCCAUCUUCCACUGCGAACUCUGCCAUGUCCUCGUCGAAUUCGACAAGCGCCUCCGUCGGCUCAACGGCAAGCGGUACGACAACGAAGCGUAGCUCAUUAUCACCAACACCAUCCUCCGGAAAAGAGGGAGGUCCCCCGCCCGAGAAGAAACCGAAAGAGGACCCCCUGGAGCGACCCGGCUCUAUCAAACUUAUACCUCCAAAGCGUCAACAUGCCUUGGUCGAGUCGGACAUGUUCAUGGACGCGCUGUCCGCCACACUGCGCAAGGACGUGAAGAAGCGCAAACGACGCACCAGUGGGUCGGAGAGUUCUGCUCCCGCCAGCAGCAAACCUGCUGAGGGUAGCAAAGCAGAUGGCGCUGCGGCCACCAGCACAACGACCAGCAAGGCAGCACCGGACAGUCCGACCGGCACAUCGUCAGCGUUGCCCGAAGCGGAAGCGACCACCCCGACGACUCCGACCUCACCGAAACCGACCGUGGUGCCCCCGAUCGCGCCGAUGUCCUUCUACCGGGACACACUGGCCGAGGAAGACGAUAACAAGGAUGGUGACGAUGCGAAGGAAGCGGAUUCGGAAGACACCAAGAAGGCGGCGGUUGAUGGGGAACAGGAAAAGGAUGGCGAUGAGCCUGCCAAGAAGGAGGGUGCUGCCGACGACGAAGACGAGACAAUCGUGAAAAAGCCCAAGCGCGUCCGAUGCGAACUGAACGAUGAGGAUGAUGCCGACGACGACGAGGUAACGGAAAAUGGUGAGAAGAAGAAAAACCGUAGAGACUCGCAGGACGGUGAGAAACAGGAGGACACCGACGACAAGACUGAGCUGAUGGAGGUUGUUAUGAACGACGUGGAGAAGAAGAUGGCCGAAGAAGCGGGUGGAGCCGUUGAGGGUUCGCCCCGGAAAGCAGAUGACGAGAAGGAGGAGGAAGAGGCGACGGGCAAGAAGCCACCGGGGCCGGGCUGCGGGCCUGAUGGACCCCCGGGAGUGCUGGUGAUCCACCGACGCAAGGGUCCGAAGAAGCAGCUCCGGUGGCGCGUCGCGGACGAGCUCGAGGAGAUCCGUUACUUCGAGCUGGACGUAACGGAGCGCUGCAACGUGACCAAGUCGUUCACCGACAUGAAACAGAUGGAGCGCGUGGACGAGCGGCAAAAGUUCCUGCUGGCUCGCAAGGUCGGCUCCGAGGACAUCAUGGUGGAGCGGACACCGUGGCGACCGCUGCUGCUCGUCGACAACGUGCCGACGGCGCCGGACGGCAGCCAGAGCGUGGAGCGGAAGGUGCAGUUCCAGCGCGAACGGGGAUGCCUGCAGGCGCUGUACUUCAACAAGCACAUGAUACCGGACUCGCCCGUCGAGCCGGACCCGGUGGAUACAUACCAGACGGCCGAUCCGGUGCACAUUCCGCUGGAGGAUGUCACGGGCAAUCCGGACUCGGUGAACGAUUUCACCAGCAUGCCUUGGCCGGACCCGAAGUCGACCCCACCGCACGAGUCGGCAGCCUUCAAUUCGCCCUUCUUCCCGUCGGAUCUGCCCCCCGGGGCCGGGUUCGGGCCAGGCGGGUUCCCACCACCGUUCCCGGCGGGUGCUGUCGCCGCCGCCCUUCCGGGACCUGCACCUUGGACCAUACAUCCCCGACCGGGCGCCCUCCAGCCGGGCAUGUUUCCGCUUAAUCAACCUCCACCCGGAAUGGCCGCUGGCGGUGGUGGUGGCGGCGGCGGCGGAGGCAGUCCCAACAUUAUUUCACUGCCUCCGAACAUUCCGCCUCCGGGCAUGUUUCCCGGGGCGACCAACUUCAACGCUCCCCCACCGGAUUUAGCCGUCAUGGGUGACGGUCGAAGGGCACCGGGAGCAAGUGGGGAUCGAGACUACCGCAUCGGGCCACCACCGCCCCAGCAGCAGCAGUGGGUCAGCAACAAUGGCCGUGCCUUCAGCAACAACAACCCACGCGGCAGCGGAGCACCGGGGUACGGCAGUCGGGGCGGAGGGCCGGGUAACUGGAAUCGCAGCGCUGGCUCGACCGGAGACCGAGGAAGGAACGGGGAAGAGGGCCGUGGCAACUACCGCGGACAUUGGAUGCAGAACACCAGCAAUCGGGGCCAUAAUAACAGUCGAGGCGGAGGUGGCCGGAAAUGGUAGCCAUCGCUGGAACGAAUGAAGGUGGACCAGGCGUACGGCAAUGCGCCCGAGCUGGCAGAGAUGAUGGAUACGUCCUGAAAUCGAGGAAAGUCCGACAGCGAUCGAUCUCGUACGAGCAGAGAAUUGUGUAUUGUACUAUAUGAAAUAUGUUGGUUAUUUUGUUUUAUGGAACUAGAAGUUUAAUGAAUGAAUAUGCAAACGAG